AUUAUAUUUUUUAAUUUGAAAACAAUUUUAUUUGUCAAUGGCUUUUUUAAUAUUCUUAUAUUUCGGUGUAAUAAUGAAUGUGGGAGAAGGAAAUAUUUUAGGGAAGUUUCAUAAUUUUGGGUGUUUGGAAGGUAAUAUUGAACUAGAAAAUGGAAACUUGGUUUUUAUUGAAGGUUCAACAUAUGAUACUGGUCAUACAUAUUUAUUAAAAGCAGCAGGUGAAGAUUUUGAAACAUUCUCCGACAUUAAUGUGGAUUUAAAUAUUCAAUCCAAAACUGUUACGGAAUAUUCUAGACAUAAUCUUCAAAAAUCGUCAUCCAUGCUAAUUAAUGAGUUGGCACAGUUCAAUAAUAUCAAUUUGGUUCAUUCACUGGUAGCGGAACAUGGACCAGCUCAUCAGAAAAUAUUUACAGUACAAUUGAGGUUAGGAAAUGAAGAAUAUGAGGGGAUUGGUAAUAGUUUAAAGGAAGCAAAAAGAAUAGCUUCUGCAAAAGCAUUAAAAAACACCAAAUAUGAACAUCCACCUACAAAAAAUAUCGAGAUUCAGUUACGUGAAUUAGCAAGUAAGAGAAAUGAAGAAGUGGUAUUUACAAAUGAAUACGGACAUCAAAUUACUUCAUCGAAGGACCUACAAAAUCCAACACUGUUUCCGGCUCAUAACAUCCACAAAUUACGAAGUAUUAGAAUUAGUGAAAACCAUGAAAAUAAUACAGUUCAUGAAAAUAUUACUGAAAUCAAAAACACGACUGGCGAUUAUUUAAAUAAUUUACAAACACCUGACGAUCCUUAUAUGGUACAUCUGAAAGUUGGAAACAGGGAGUAUAUAGGAAUAGGAUAUACAACUCCCGCAGCACGUCAUGAUGCAGCCAUUAAAGCAAUAGAGGAAAUCAAAAGGAUUAAUAUCGACGGAAAUUUUCCAAAAGGAGUCCUUUGAUAAUACAAGAGAUGGUUGCUUCGUUAUCCAAUCGACAUUGCUGUGCUAGAGCGAUUUUUGAAUGGUAAUAGUGGGUCAUGGUUUCAUCAGGGCGUUUAUGUCGAGCGACCAAUUCUUCCAAAACCGUAGUAUAAUCUGUAUAUCGUGGAAAUGCUUGAUACUAUGUGGCCGUGGGUGCACUAUCCCACUCCUGAAUUAUUAAGAGAGUUGAAUAAUAAUAAUAAAGAUUUAUUAAGACAAAGGAACUUUACAGCCGAUGUUACAGGUUCAAUUGUUCAAACAAGAGUGGUAUGAUAUUUCCUUUUUACCAAAGCUGUUUUUUAAAAGUGAGCGGUUGUAAUGAAAUUUGUUUAUUAAACUGCCGCCGGACUGGCUCAUAAACUAAACAGGUAUCCUUCUAGACUUUAUCAGGUUCCCGAGAAUUGUUGUUUAUUUGAAUCGGAAGCUGUUUGAUUCGUAACAAUAGACUCGUCAGUCCUCAGACAGGUUGGACACGCACCUACACUCUUCUACCUUGAGCUAAUCUUCACAUUUCUUUAAAGGUGCGUAGUUAUUUUUGGUUCUAGUGGCACCUUUUCACCUUGUCUGACACCAACGAAUUUUUAUUUAUGGGGGAAUUGGAUACACGUAGUCUAUUAUCACGGUGAAUAAAAUACGAAUUUAUGUUACCAAUGCUUUUCGUACAAUUAUAAGUGCCCCCGGUUUAUGGAACUAAGCUGACGGUAUACAAUUUCAAUACUUUAUGAAGGAUACAAAUUUCUUUUUCAUUUUUUUACAACGAUAAAGCGCACUCGGAUCUGGUAGCCAAAUACAUUGUUGAAUAGUUAUUUUGUUUUAUUUUACUUUUUUUUAGUUCUCCUGUGGCGCAUCAGAUUCAUUGCCUACAUUAAUUGCACCAUUUUGAUAGUACCUCAGAGCAUUUACUGUAACAAUAGCCUUAAAUCGUUUAUAUUAAGUUGCAAUGAAGCAAUUGUAUACAUAUUGUUACCCAGUACCAUCAUAUUAGUUAAAUACCUUUCUAUUAGCACCCUUCUCCUCUAGCACAGCAGCUUCUUAACGCUAAAACAUCAUAUAAUUGACUUGUCACAUUUUUCAAUCUUUCACCCGUCUUACUCCUAUUUGCUUGCAAGCGCUCUCGCUCUCUUAUAGCAGUGUCAUUUCCCUCUGACAAAUCUCCUGCACGCCCCCUAUGAUAUGAUAACAAUAAAUAUGCUAGGAGGAAAACCCAUUGCUGGCAGAUAUCGUUUAGCUGAAACCCUACAGAUUUUCAGGUAAUUGCUCACCCUAAUUUGUCGCUUCGUAAUUGCGUCAAGUAUUUUGCGGUUUUGUCUUCACCUAGUCAUUCGACCGAGGAAUAGUAAUAGCAUUCUAUACAUGCUUAACGCCCUUCUCAUUCAUAAAAUUAUUACAAAAUUAUUCGGUUAUUACAUGCCUUGGAUACUCAAACUUGGCAUAUGUCUACUUUUAUGUUUAUAUAGUUUUCACUGAGCUCAGAGUUUUUCUAGAUAUGACCCACGUACCACGUACAUUUGGUAAACGCCCUCUAGAAGAUUUACGUGUAUGGUUUCUAAUUAUACCGCCCUCUUCUCAUGAGAAUUGUGAAAUCUUUUGCUUCGUUGAUGAAUGCCUUUUGCAUAUGCACAAUUUAAACAGGCCGCCGUAUAUUUGUACACAAAACGCCUCAUUUUGGUAAACAAAUAUUAUUUUCGAAAGUUCUAGAUACUUUUUGAAUCCAAAAUGCCUAAUAUCCUCAUGAUAUUUGCGUAGUAAGCAGAACUUGGCAAUUGUAGGAACCAACAAUCUGUCACCUUUACUUGUUACACCCCACAAACGCCCGCCUUUCACCUUAAAUGCUGUUUGCAUUACUUAUCAGUUGUAACUCCUUCCAACGCUUUAAUGAUAGACUGCACCUUCUCCUCCUGCAAUUGAAUUGUUCCAAAUCAAUCCGCCUCAGAAAUAGCCACCAAACUGACUGAGGGCAUUCACAUGCUGCAUUUUAUCAACUGGUCUGUAUUAAUUUCAUAUUUUUGGAU